AUGUUUUCCCAUUUACGAAUCCACCGAAGGGGACAGUCGAAUCCCACUUCGCCAAACCCCGAACAGCCCUCUACCACUGCUCCCUGGGAUCCCUCGCUUCCCCAGCAGCACUCUCCCUUCAUUCAAGAUGCCGCCUUAAGCCCAGACAUUCGACCCCAGGCUUCGACAACGAAUUCCUCACUUCCUCCCACCCUGCCGCCCAUUCCCCGCGUCACCUCGUCCAGCUCCGAAUCACCCUCCCCGCUUGAGCGUCCAACUGUCGAUACCAACAUCAGGGUGACGCAAGAGCCCAACACCCAGAAACCCCAGCCGCCUGUACCUCCACCGGUGCGCUCGCCGUACAACGCAGACUCUGGCUUUCUCGGUGGCGUUGCCUUGCGCAAAUACCAACGCGAACAGCAGGAGCAGCAACAGCAGCUCAAGAAACAACAAAUGACGGCUAAGUCUCCGGAUCUGGUUGCGUCUCCGCCCACGAGUGCCUCAAAACAUGCCAGCUCCUUUGCGACCCCGACCGAGUUGCAUCACCAGGGCAGCCACACCCAUAGCUCGCCUCAAGCUCAGAGCUAUGCUUCCACCGGACGACGCCCUGCAGGAACGAGACUAUCGAGCGAACCAAUCCGCAUGGCAAAUCAUGGCUCCGAUGCCCCCAAGGGCAGGAAAGGCCUGCCUUUUCUCAAAAAUCCCAUGUCGACACUCCUUGCACGGAGGAAGACAAGCCAAAACGCACCAGACUUAACACCUCUUCCCCUGGGAGGAAACCCGUCAUAUGAUCCUCGCAUCCGGGGGACAAGAGUUCACGACUUCAGCGCGCCACGACCUCGGCGAAGCCUCCCCAACAACGAGGGCCCCAGCCCUGCCGCGGCGCCGACACCCGGUACGAAAACACAACCGCCGAUACCUGAAGAGAUGUCAGACUUGGGCCAGACUUCGUCUAGAGAGAGCGCAGCACCAUCCCAAGCAUUUCAACAUGGGAGGAAUACAAGUAGUGCUUCUGAAUCUGGGCGCUCGGGCUCCGUCAGCGUCAUAUCCCAGCCGGCUGUUGAGUCUGGGAGCGGCUCGGUAAAGACAAGAAGCAGCUUGAACUUGGAGUCAAAACCUCUGCCCGACGUACCGCCCAAAGACGAUACCGCACCAUCGUCAAGCUCGGCCUCAAUCGUCUCCAAGAAACCCUCAAUUAGCGCGGCUUCAAUCUUGUCUAAGAAAACACCGUCCACAAGAGCAACCCCUUCGAGACAUGCCUCCGUGUCUGGGCAAGAUGUCCUUUCUUCCGUACCACGCCGAUUGAAGAGUACGUCCUCUAGAUUCAGCUUCGACAUGGUUGGCGCAGCAAAGGCCGAGAAGCUGCUCGAAGAAAGGCAUCGCCAACGCGAGCUUGAGAGGAAGACUUCCGACCCUGAACCUAGCGGGCCUCGUGAUUCUAGGUUCGACGACUUUGACGAGGACUUUGAUUACGAUGCCAUGAUGGAAGAUGAUGGAUUUGAAGAGCCGAUUCCGAUGAGCAAUGAUUUUGGAGACGACUACGGAUACGAGGAGGACUUUGACGCUGGCGGCACAGAUCCUUUGGGUCUUGACGACGGUGAAGAUUUUGACGCGGCUGGGACGGACUCCUUUGCACUUGAUCCGGUGCCAGAAGUUGAGAUCGAACUCGAUGAGGAUGCUGAAAACGACCCCGAUAACGACCAAGAGAACUUUGCUGGUUUUGUCUUUCAACGAUCAGGCCCUCCCUCAGCUUUGACCAGUCCACAUAGCGCCGGUCUCUUAGCAACGCCAAGGGAUGCAGACGGCAAGGUGAUUGGAUUCGCCAUCUCGAGAGACACGCCGGAUUUGAACCAAGUGCUGAGUGAGAGCUUUGUUCCGGGCCAGAAUGUAUCGCCCAGUGCGACUGAUUCAACUGCCGGGCUUCCGAUGGAGGACGUGAACAUUACCGAUGCGGAACAGCAAGAUGAGGGCGAAUCGUUGCGCGAGCCAACUCAGUCAUUGUCACCGGCGCCACUCUCAGUCCCUAAGAAGGACGAUCUCUAUUUUGACAAUGGCCUUCUCGAUGAGUUGGAAUUUGCCGGAGAGGGCGACGGCUCUUACUUUGAUGAGUCCAUAUUUGAUCUUGACGACACAGACAAGUAUGGCCGACCCAUUCCUGGGGCCUUUGCCAGGGCUCAAGCUGCCAGGGCUGCCAUGACUGGUGGUGCCACUGCACCGGAGGAUAGUGUGCAAGAGACUGAUGCCAGGGUGGGCGAAAGUCAGGAUGCCAGUGUCCAAGACGGCACUGCCCCCGAGAACAUCAAGAGAAUCUCCGACAGCACAUCACGACUGUCUGCGCAUUCCAAUGUCUCGCAAUCGACGGCCCAUACUUCCCUCAGCGUCGGCAUGCCGGCUCCAUCUGUUGAGGAGUCAAAGCGAGCUAGCGACCUCUUAGCCCAGGGCCAGGAGUCCUCAGCAAUGACUUCUAGCUUCUCGACGACGGGCCAGGACAAGGUGGAAGCUUAUCAAACUGCCCUGGCGGCAGCGGCGUUCGAAGCCGCCGCCAAUGGUAGAUUUCGACGAGACUCGUCCCCCCCUCCAAGUGAGCUCAUGUCGCCCAGUGGAGAGUCUGUAGAUGACCUUCCACAGCAUGAGAACAUGGACGACUACGACGAUUACGACGAUGCUGGUUUUCGCGAAGAUCUGAAUGAUUACGAUGUCGACUAUGACGACUUCAUUGCGGAGGCAAACGCUAGUGCCCUUGCCAACGACUCUGACGGUUGGUAUGGCCAGGAGUUUGGAUUCUACUCUGCUCCUGUCGAAGGAGGCGGACGCCACAGUAGGGAUAGUUCCAACGGGUCGGAUGAGAAGCCUUUUGAAUACGCUAACGGCGGCUUCUUUGGGCCGUCGGGCGUAUCUCGAAGCAAGUCUGGGAGGAUAGUGUCCCGAGAGCCCAAUCUCACGCCUAUCACGGAGAGAUCCGAGUAUUCCAAUCGUAACUCGAUCAUGAGUCUCGCGGUCCCACCUGGUAUUGGUUCCGGUCCAUCUAGUCUUCAGAGCCCCGGCCUGGCCCAACUAGCCAUGAUGGCUGAUGGUGACGAUAAUAUGAGCCUAUCAGCGCUGAUGCGGCUUCGUUCCAGGGCUUGGGGUGGAUCGCAGGCCAGUCUGGUCUCGAGCCGCGAGGGUUCGCCAAGAUCGGAGAGGGGCGAAGGGGGAAGCUCACCUUGGGGCCCGGGGCCUCACAACAUGCUGGGCAUCCAUGGUCAUGGUCGUAAGAACUCGGCAUUCUCUGUUCGCAGCCGCGACAUGGAUUCUUCAGACGCAGGUAGCACGUCGGGCUCCCCUACUCUCACCAUGUCCAUGCCCACUCUAGGGUCACCGCCUCCUCCUUUGCCACCAUUGAACCAAAGUCCUGCGGUGGUGAUGAACUCUCCCCACUUCACGCACAGCGCGGCGUUCGAUCCUGUUCCAGAGUCUGACGAGAUGGAUGAGCUUUCAAUCUCCAACACCAUCUCACACUCGGGUUUGUGGAUGAAGAGCCCGGACACAGCCAUGCAUCCGAAUCUCGUGCCCCGCAUCGACUCGACACCCCAACCUCAGCGAAGGCCCGGAAUGGGUCACAAACACAAGGGGUCCGCGGACAGUAUAUCUUACAUCAAGGAGGAGGAGAGUGGCGAGACCAGAUGGGUUCUCGAGCGACGGUUUACCGCCGACAGCGGGGAGAUUGAAGUGCAGCGGGAGUUCGUUGGCAAUGGCCAGAUAUAG